AUGACGAACACAACCAAAUUACGGCCUACAAAGGUUGUGACACUCUUCCGCGGAGAACACGUGGAGGACGAGCUAGAGCAAGGAGCUGGCACCCCCCGGCGGUUUUCCUACGAUGAGCUCGCCGCUGCAACUGGCAACUUCUCUGACGACAAGGCGCUCGGGAGAGGAGGUUUCGGAUCCGUGUACCAAGGAUUCCUGAGCGGCAUGAACCGAGAAGUGGCCAUCAAGCGGGUGUCCGAGACCUCUCGACGGGGAUGGAAGGAGUUCGUCGCCGAGGUGAGCAUCAUUAGCCGGCUCAGGCACCGGAACCUCGUGCAGCUCAUCGGCUGGUGCCAUGGUGGCAACGAGCUCCUCCUAGUCUACGAACUGAUGCACAAUGGCAGCCUUGACACUCAUCUGUAUGAGAUAGUGCUCGGCCUAGGUUCCGCGCUUCUGUACCUACACCAAGACACGGAGCAGCGCGUGGCGCACAGGGACAUAAAGCCGAGCAAUAUCAUGCUGGACGCCUCCUUCAUCACCAAGCUUGGCGACUUUGGGCUCGCGAGGCUCAUCAAUGACGGUAGAAGAUCGCACACGACCGGCAUGGCCGGCACAUUGGGGUACAUCGAUCCAGAGAGCGUUCUGGCAGGGAGGGCAAGUGUGGAGUCGGACGUCUACAGCUUCGGGGUCCUCCUCCUCGAGGUUGCCUGCGGGCGGCGCCCUGCUGUGGUCCAUGAAAAUGGUGAUGUCGUCCACCUGGUUCAGUGGGUGUGGGACUUGCUCAACGAGCCCAGCUUUGAAUUAACAAAGCCAUCAACCGGCCAGGAGUACAAGGUAGCACGCAAUAAAGAAAAAGAGAAGAAAAGAAAAAACUGGGGAUACCAGCUCGAGAUACAAGCCCAGGUGGUGAAGAGCUAA